UGCGUCCUUCCCCUGGUUGCGCUGCGCUUACUCUGCUGGUGCCCAUUGCUUGCAAGUCUCUUGGAGCAAAGAGGACCCAGAAGAAGGUGGCUGACUUGCAAUUGUGCGCACCACCAUAGAAGCUCAACAGCUGCAAGUUCUUCAAGAUGGAGUACAGGUUUCUUGGGAGAUCAGGUUUGAAAGUUAGCGCCCUCAGCUUUGGCGCCUGGGUUACCUUUGGGAAUCAGGUCCAGGUUCCGGAGGCCAAGAAGAUCCUGGAGGGAGCAUUGAAAGCUGGGGUCAACUUUUUCGACAAUGCUGAGGUAUAUGCCGGGGGCAAGGCGGAGGAAGUGAUGGGCCAGGCUUUCAAGGAGCUGGGCACCAAGAGGUCCGAUCUGGUCCUCACCACCAAGAUAUUCUGGGGAGGCCAAGGACCCAAUGACAAGGGUCUGAGCCGCAAGCACAUCGUUGAAGCAACUCAAGCAUCACUCAAGCGAUACCAAGUCGACUACUUCGAUGUCAUCUUCGCUCACCGGCCCGACGUCACAACCCCCAUGGAGGAGACCGUCAGGGCGUUCAAUCACAUCAUUGAAAAGGGUCACUGCUUCUACUGGGGCACGAGUGAGUGGACCGCUCAACAGAUCGAAGCAGCCUGGGGCGUUGCCAAGCGGCUCAAUCUGAUCGGACCGCUGGUGGAGCAGCCAGAGUACAACUUGUUUGCAAGAGAGAAGGUUGAAGUUGAGUACGCUCCAUUGUAUAAGGAGUACGGCCUGGGCCUCACCACGUGGUCCCCGCUUGCGUCUGGCUUGCUGACGGGCAAGUACUCCAAGGACCACAUCCCCGAAGGCUCGCGCUUUGCGCUCGAGGCUCACAAGGGCUCACGGGAGCGGUCGCUGGUGGAGGAGAAGCUGGGUAAAGUGGACAAGCUCAAGAAGGUCGCUGAAGAGGUAGGCGCCAGCUUGGCCCAGCUCUCCCUCGCGUGGGCGCUCAAGAACCCCCACGUCUCGACGGUCAUCACGGGUGCCUCGAAGCCCGAGCAGUUUGAAGAGAACGUGCAAGCAUUCAAGUUCGUACCCAAGCUGACACCUGAGAUCAUGGACAAGAUCGACGAGAUCAUGCAGACAAAGCCAACUCCUUCAAAGGUCUACCGAGAGUAACGGGAUGGCAGAGUUCGGCUGGUCCUUAUCUGCUGGAAAGGGUUGCUCCUUGAUUAGAUAUGUUGACUGUAUGCGUGCGUUGGAUCCAAGUCAGAAGGUCUGCACGCGACAACCACAGUCGCUCACAAUAUUCUAGAUCCGAGAUUUUGUGACAGUCAGCUUCCAAUGUACGAUAAGGUUCUCCCGGAAUGCUUCGAUUAAUAGUAAGAUUUGCAUGACGCGUCAGAUCAGACCCUUGUCCAGUCCCGUCAGCGCUAAGCUAUACCAUAGUAUGUUUGUCAUUGCAGCCCGGCCACGUGCCAAAGUUUUGC